AUGGGGACGGGCAAAGCAUUUAAGAACGGCUAUGGCACGUUCUCAGGACUGCCCGGCUUCUUCUCGAAGAGCAAGGCAGCAGCGACGGCGUCGACAGAUCCAGCCAGGCCGACAAGCGCUCCCCCACAAGCGGACGCACCACAGCCGCCUCCCGAUCCUCAAGACAGUUCGUCAGGGGAAGUUGGGCCUCCAAAAGAACCUUCUGCUCCUCACAAAUCUUUGUCCAAAAAGGCUUGGAUCCUUAUAAUCAUAAUGUCUGCAUCCAUCAUCCUGGCCAUAGGCUUGUUGGCCGGUCUCCUGACGCGCGGGGGCCAUGCGCAAACUGGCUCGGGCCCCAACAUCGUAUUCAUCAUGACAGACGACCAGGACAAGCGGCUGGGGUCCCUGGACUACAUGCCCGUUGUGCAAAGGGAGCUGGUCGCCAAGGGGACCGAGUUCAGCAAUCACUAUACCACGCAGGCUCUCUGCUGCCCGAGCCGGUCGUCCUUGCUCCGGGGCCAACAGGUACAUAAUACCAACAUAACGAACGUUGUAAAACCUGGCGGUGCGUACAACAAAUGGGUUCUGUCGGGCCAAGACAAGGACUAUCUGCCGCACUGGCUCAAAGAAGCAGGGUACAGGACGGAGUAUGUCGGCAAAAUAAUGAACGGCUAUGGAAUUUCUAAUUACAAUGUCACAUUGAAGGGAUGGGACCACGCCGACUGUGUGCUCGAGCCUUACAUCGACGAUUACAACGUGCCCGUGUUUUCUAAGAAUGGCGAACGCCCAACGUACUACCCUGGCUACCACCAGACUGACAUCACUCGGAUCAAGGCGCUUGACCGUUUGGACUACCUCACCAACCGAUCUGAGCCAUUCUUUCUGGGAAUAACUCCAUUCACGCCUCACAUCGCUUUCCAGCAGAAAGGACCAUCACACAGGCCCAUCCCGCAGAAGAGACAUUUUGGCCAGUUCACGGAUGUCACCGCGCCACAUCCUCCCAACUUCAACCCUACUGAUGAAGAACAAGAGGGCAAGUCCGGAUGGGUCAAGUGGCUGUCGCCCAUGAACGAUUCCGCUGUCAACUUCGCGGACUUUGUGUACAGGUCACGUCUUCAAGCCCUGCAGGGCGUAGACGAGAUUGUCGAGGACGUUGUUGCAAUGCUAGAGGAGAAGGGAGUCAUCAACAACACCUACAUCAUCUACACCUCCGACAAUGGCUAUCACCUGGGCCAGCACCGCGUCCCCGGCGGCAAGUCGCUGUUCUACAACGAGGACGUCAACAUCCCCUUCGUGGUGCGCGGCCCCAACGUGCCCCAGGGCGUGACAUCGACCAUCCCCGGGCUCCACCUCGACCUCGCGCCGACCUUCCUCGAGAUCGCCGGCCUGGACGAGUCGAAGUGGCCCGAGUUCUUCGACGGCCGCUCCCUCCUGGAGCAGUGGCACGAGCCGACCUCGUACAACGCGACGGGCGCGGGCCAGGGCAACGGCAAGGAGAGCAUCAACGUCGAGUACUGGGGGCUGGUGGGCAUCGAGGCGCCCAGCGCGGCCUCGCUCGGCGCGCCCUUCCACAACAACACGUACAAGACGAUCCGCACCAUCGGCGGCGAGCAGAACUGGGCGUACGCGGUCUGGUGCAACGGCGAGACGGAGCUGUACAACGUGACCGCGGACCCGUACGAGCUGACCAACCUGGCGCGCAACACCAGCACCUCGACGGUGACCGACGCCGCGCGCCAGGUGGCCAACCGGCUCAACGCGCUGCUGAUGGUGACCAAGUCGUGCGAGCAGGACCGGUGCCGCGACCCGUGGGCGCAGCUCAAGCCGGGGGACGGCGCGGCGCUCGUGUCGCUCGCGCAGGCCAUGGACGCGCGGUUCGACGACUUCUUCGCGGACUUCACGAGGGUGCAGUUCGACACAUGCAGGAACAUCCAGCUCACGGACAACGAGGCGCCGUACUUCCCGAAGCUGGACACGCUGCCCGGCGGGGGGCUGGGGCGGGCGCACCGCGGGCCGACGGACGUGAUCGCGCCGAACCCGGGCGUCAGGGUCAUCACCACGGCCGAGUACUACGGCACUGCUGACCAGAGGAACGCGACGGCGGCGGACAUAGAGGCCAUCUCGAGGCUGCUCACCCAGGAAGAGAUUUCUGCCACGUGA